GCGCAAGUAGUCGGCGGCACUCGUGACGAUGGUUUACACAGAAAUUAACUACCUUUUACGAGAGAGAAAAACAGAGAGCUCCUCGAGUGUAUAAACAUGAUACACGUAUAGCUCGGCGGCGCACGUGGCCCCGCAGCAGCAGUAGCAGCAGCAGUAGCGCAUCGUGAGCUGAAUGUCGCGCGCGAAUCCAGAGGAAAGUAUACAACUACCUUAUACAUAGUCGAGCUCGCGCGCGCGAUCGUGUCAGUGUGUCUCUCUGCCGCGAUAAGACGCGUGUGCCGCCGCAGCCGAGCAGCUCUACACUCGCGAGCCUGUCACCUUUUUCAUAUACAUUAUAUAUACGCGACUAUUCGCGCGCCGUCGCCGCAGUCGGACGCGUAACCUCGGCGGCGCAUAUACCCACAAAUAGAGAGAGAGAUUGUAUAUAUAUAGCGAUCGGAAAGAAGCAGAGCUUAAACGUUAUACCGAUACAUAAUACCGAUCUUUCGUGAUCCUGUAUUUUCACGUCGAUAUGAGCGAUGGCGGUGGUGGUGGUGGUAUCUCGCUGUCCGUCGAGCGUCAACAGCUACUCGGAUUCCCCGCUGGUCUUACGCCGCCGCCGCACAGUCCGAGCCCUUCGUCACGCAGCAGGAGCAGAUUUCGCCCGGGCCCGGCACGCAAGCUUCGUCGUCGCGCCGUCCUCAAGAGCGGCGAGUGCAACGUCCUCCAGAGCCGCAUCUCUCGGCGCUCCCUGCGCUACCUCCAGGACAUCUUCACGACCCUCGUGGACUCGCAGUGGCGCUGGACCCUGCUCUGCUUUGCCCUCAGUUUCUUGCUCUCGUGGCUCGUGUUCGCCGGCCUCUGGUGGUUGAUCGCCUUCACUCACGGCGACUUCGAGGAGCGACACUUGCGCGACGAGCACUGGCGACCUUGUGUCGUCGAGCUUCACUCGUUCGCCAGCUGCUUCCUGUUCAGCAUCGAGACGCAGCACACGAUCGGUUACGGUGGUAGAGCCACCACCGAGGAGUGUCCCGAGGCCAUAUUCGUCAUGUGCAUACAGAGCAUCAGCGGUGUGAUGAUACAGGCGUUCAUGGUCGGCAUAGUGUUCGCGAAGAUGUCGCGACCCAAGCAGCGCACCCAGACGCUGCUGUUCUCGCGCAACGCCGUCAUCUGCCAACGCGACGGUCUGCUGUGUCUCAUGUUCCGAGUGGGCGACAUGCGCAAGAGCCACAUUAUCGGGGCGACGGUUCGCGCCCAACUGAUACGCUCCCGACAGAGCAAAGAGGGCGAACUACUGGCCCACAGUCAACACGAGCUCAGAGUCGGAGCCGACGGCCAAGCCGAAUCGUCCCUGUUCUUCAUUUGGCCGUGCUCCGUGGUGCACAAGAUCGACGCGGACUCGCCGCUCUACAACUGGUCCGCCGAGGACAUGCUCGCCGAGCGCUUCGAGAUCGUCGUCAUACUCGAGGGCACGAUCGAGUCCACCGGUCAGACCACGCAGGCUCGAAGCUCCUAUCUGCCCCAGGAGCUGCUCUGGGGUCAUCGUUUCGAGCCCGUGGUGAGCUACAGCAAGGAGCGCCAGGGCUACGAGGUCGACUACUCGCUCUUCGACUCCACUCAGCAAGUGGACACGCCUCUAUGCUCGGGCCGAGAAUUGGCCGAGUUCUACAGGCUGCAGGACGAGCUGCGUAGACAGCAGCAGCAACAACAACAACAGCAGCAGCAGCAAAGUCAAAUGUCGCCCUACUCGCCUACUCCUCCAGGUUUUCCCAUGGACGAGGAGCUCAUGGUUGCGACCACGCCGAGUCAUCUCUCCGACAGCAGGCAGUAUCUGCGAGCCUACUCGGAGGGCUCGGGUCCACCACCCUACGGAUGCGGCAGCAAUCGACCGGCCGACGGCGAGGAUUCCUCCUCGAUCACCGCAGCGACGACGGCCGUACCUCAGAGUCCGGUACUGCAGUUCAGCAUGGCGCGUUACUUUCUCCAAGCCACGCGGAGUUCGUCGCUACGGUCGCUCGACGGCUCGCGUCACUUCCUGCCCAAACAUCGGUCGCCGCUGCAUCUGCAGGCAGGGGGCAUUCAGCAGCAACAGCAGGCCUACUCGAACAGCUUCGCCACGCUGCCCACGAGGAGUCGCACUACCUCCUCCUCGACGACGGCCGUGCCCAAUAACAACAGCGGUGCCGGAGAACAACCGCAACAUCUCAACAACAACAACAACAACAACAGUACCGGCGCCGAGUCGACGACGACACCCUCGACGCCGCUGCUCGUCUCCACGAGGCAUCGACGUAGCUACAGACACGCCCAGCUCAAGGACGUCGUCUCAAAGCUGGACCCGGCGCGAAUCGCUGCUGCCAGAGCUGCUGCUGCUGCUAAUGCUGCUGAUGAUGACAGCAGUGACAGCAGUGAAAGCAGCAGCUCUUCCGAGUCCGAGGGAGCCCGGACGACGAACCCGCCGACACCGGUGGCGAAAAAGAGGCCGAAGCCCAAUCUACGACUGGACUUGCCGCCGUUACAGUCGGCCGCCUUCACCGACGUCUGAGCUUCCGGCCUUGAUGGAUAAGCAACGAAGCAACAGCAACACUAGGCCACAAUAUAGGGCACAAACGUGUGUGUGUGUGCGUGUGUAUCUGUGCCCCUCUCGAAUCAAUGUGGAACGUUUUGCAACAAAAUAUGUACUAUUAUGACAAAAAUGAAUUGAAAGAAAGAGAGAGAGAGAGAGAGAAAGAAACGAAUCGUGUGCGCGAUAAGAUUAAAAGCGAUGUUCAAGUGCGUUCAUUAGGUAAUAAGACUGCCGCGCGUGUUUUGCGAUUUGAUGAAAAGAAAAAUAAAAGAAGUGAAUCGAUCGGAAGGCACUUUGUGAUAUGUUUUCGCCGUCAAUCAUUUGCUUUUUUUAUCAUGGUUAUUAUAUCGAAAUCCAAUUGCAAUCCGUGCGGCUCGAGUGCAUGUGCAACAAGUGUGUAUGUACGUGAGUGCAUGUGUAUUAUAUGCGAGUCUCAAUGCAACGAAUCGCUCACAUUAUCAUCGCGUCGUGUGUUGUUAGUGAACGAAACGAAAGAGGCGUAUUUUUUUUAUUUGUAUGUGAGCAUCAAAGGCGAAUCGUUCGUCGCAUGCGACACAUGCAGUACGCGUGUACAUUUUUUUCCAGAUAUAUACAAUAAUUAUUAUAAUAAUACACGGGUAGAGAGAGAAAACAUUAAAUAUAUAUAUCGAAAAGAUCGCUAGAUAUAUGUAACGAGUCAUGUAUAAGGGGGGUUUUAUCGAUUGAACCGCAAGCCGCACCGAUGUUUUCACAGUGAUAAUCAACCGAUUCGUCGUUUAUUUUAAAACAUCAUAGUUUGCUAAAAUUAGCUGCGUUUGGAUUAUGAUAAAUACAGUCGAUGCGCGUGUAAUCGAGCGGAAAGGCGGUUAAUAGUAAAACAGUGUAAAUAUCUAUAUUAAACCGAUUACUUAUAAGGAUUUGCGAAAUUAUAUGUUAUAACCGAGAGCCGAUAGAUUAACGAUAGAUUUUUAGCCUAAAAAGCAUGUUAUAGAUUAUAAAUUAUGAAUUACAUUAUAUAUAUUUUUGCGCUUUCGAUAAGCCCAGAAGAGAAGAAACACAUAAUAUACGAUCGAGUUGUAUCGCUGGCGAUCAACUUAGUCGCCCGCGCGCGUAUUAUUAUUAUAUUGUAAUAAUGGCAUUGGACAAAAUAAACGAAAUGCAUCAAUCAAUAGAA